AUGUAUUAUUCAAUAAUUACUCGAUUAGAAGAUUUACCCGUAGAAAUUUUGAUGGCAAUAUUUGUUUAUUUUACACCUGGUGAGAUUUAUUUAUCAUUCUCUCAAUUAAAUAAUCGUCUUAAUUUAAUUCUGAAAUCGUUACCCAACUUGGUCCUUGUAAUACACAAACAUUUAGAUCCUUCUAUUCUUUCUUUCUACUAUUCAUUUAAUAAAAUUCUCGUCAAGUUUCAUGCACAACAUAUGUGUUUUAAUUGUCAAUCCCAUCCUGUAAACGGUGGUAAUCGUUUGUUUGAUAUUUAUCCGACAUGGGAUAACGGAUGGUUUCCUCGAUAUUCUGAUGACAUUGAAAAUAUUAUUCGUCUUGAUAUUUGUUCUCGAUUACAAUCAUUAGUUUUACCAGCUACAUCACCUGAACUAACACAACUCAUAUUUCGUGGUCAAUUUCCUCGUUUAAGAAUCUGUCAUCUUGGUAGAUGCAAACCAAUCAUUUUUCCAUUAACAAUGACUAUUCAACAGUUAAAUUUUCGUCAAUUAACCAUACGAAAACAGAAUGGCCAUGAAUUAGAAAGAAUUUUAUUGACUUGUUCUUCUUUAGUGUAUCUUGAUUUUUCAUGUGAUGAUAUUAUUUUCCCAUUUGUUAUCAGAAACCGUUGUUUUCCAUUUAUGAAAUAUCUUCGCCUUGGUCGAGUUCGAAAAUUUUUUUUUCACAAUGGAGAAUUCGAUUUUCUUCUCUCAAUCUUUCCAAAUCUUUCACAAUUUCAUUUAACUGUUGAUCAAUGUCGUGAAAAUAUUGAAAUUAUUCAAUUUAGAGAAAUUGCACAUUAUUUAAGUCAUCGAUGUCCAUUACUGAAAAUAUUAUUUUUAUGUAUUUAUAUGAAAGGACAUAGAUGUUGGUCUUCUUCUAUCGGUAGUUUCAGGAAAAUUACCGAGAUGCAUUCUCUUUUCAAUUAUGUCGAUAGAUGUGAAACGCGUCUAAUAAUAUCUUCACAUGGUUUUAUUCAUCAUCAAGUUUACUCGUAUCGAUAUGCUCGUCCUUCAUGCAUAUGA